AGAUUGUCGCAUUGCCCAUGAAUUAUUGUUUAGAAGUUCUUUUGUGGCUGUCCUUGCAGCACAUCUCAACUUUCAUGGUGCCAUGUCAAAGCCCAACAGAUUCAUUGAUUUGAUUGGAUUGGGACCACAUUUAGGGGAGAAUACAGUGAUUGGAUGUUUCUCAGUCCCUGAAUUUCCCUGCCUGAUUGUAAUGGAAUUUAGAUGAAUUUACAGAAGACACCAAAAUUGAUGGCGUUUCAAGUUGUUUGCUUUGCUUGUGCCACUUCAGGAGCGGAGGCUGAGUUCAGGGAACUGCAGCAAAAGUGGCAUCACGAGUGGGGAGACUGCAGGCAAGAACUGGUUUUCAUUGGAGGGUCCGAAAUGGUGGAGGAGACCAUUGUUGGGCUUCUGGAAGAGUGCUUGCUGACAGAUGCAGAGUUUGAGGAGUUCAAAGUCACAACUUCUCAACUCAAGGUGCCAGAUGACGAGUUUGGAGUCGAAGAACUCUUCAGAGAGACUGAAGCGCUUGAAGUCUCCGCAUCUCAGCAGGAGGAGCAAGCGAACUCAGACGAUGCUGAUACUGCGUUCCUAAGGUCUUUGGGAGUUGGCUGCAAGCUUCAGGACUCUGCCAAGUUUGAGGCAGUUGACUGA